AUGUCUACGACUGAACAGCCGACCGAGACGCCUGUAGCCGCUGAGGAGGUUGCGUCGCCUGCUACGAGUGAUCCGGCUGCUGCUGGUCCGGCUGCUGGCUUGGAGGCUGAGGCCGACGAUCAUCGGGAUGAUGCUGAUUCUGCUCUUGGUGAUGGCGAGUCGUUUGCCAGCUCGACGACCUCUGUUGGGUCGAGUAUCAUGAAGCAUCGGCAGGAGAAUGGUCGAACAUAUCAUGCAUACAAAGAUGGGAAAUAUUUGUACCCUAAUGAUGAGUCUGAAAAUGACCGUCUAGAUCUUCAACAUCACAUAUAUAGUUUGAUGUAUGAUAAUAAACUUCAUAAAGUUGUCUUUGAUAAAGAUAAACCCGUUCAUCGAGUUUUGGAUGUCGGUACGGGGACAGGAAUUUGGGCAAUUGAUUAUGGGGAUGAACACCCGGAAGCGAAGGUUUUGGGUGUUGAUCUAAGCCCUAUCCAACCAGACUUUCUCCCGCCAAAUGUAACUUUCGAGAUUGAUGACGUUGAAGAGCCAUGGACCUAUCAUCACAAAUUCGACUUCAUCCACGGUCGCAUGAUGACUGGAUCGCUAGUCAGCUGGUCCAAUUAUUUCGCUCAAGCCUUCGAGAACUUAACACCAGGAGGCUACAUCGAGCACUCUGACGUCACAUUCCCCUGUGGCUGCGACGACGGCACUCUCCCCGAAGACUCUGCUCUCAAGAAAUGGGGUGAGAUGGUUCUCAGCGCAUCUCAAAAGAUCGGAAGACCUUUGGAUAGCGCGAUUCGCUAUAAGCAGGAGAUGGAAGAAGCGGGAUUUGUGGAUAUUGUUGAAUAUGUUGAUUUGUGGCCUAUUAAUAAGUGGCCUAAGGAUCCGAAGUAUAAGGAAUUGGGUCUCUGGAAUAACGAAAACCUCGUCGGUGGCCUAAGCGGAUUGAGCAUGGCUCUCUUCACUAGGGUGCAUAAUUGGAGCACGCAGGAACUCGAGGCUUUUCUCGUGGAUGUGAGGAAGGAUAUGAAGAAUACUAAGAUUCAUAGUUAUAUUACCAUACGUACUAUUCAUGCUCGAAAGCCUUCGUAG